GUCCACCUCGCUCCACACAGGCCCCUGUGACUCCCCGCCAGCAACUUCACAUCUGCCUCAGAUAGUAGGAAGCUGAUACAAAGAGAAGGAGAUAUGGCUGUGGUUAGUGGAACUUACCGUAUGGUGUCAGAAGAGGAGCAGGCUCUCAGGGCCAAGCUGGAACGUCUCACUGUCAAGGACCACGGGCCAGUAUUUGGACCCUGUGCUAACCUGCCGGACCACACCAGACAGAAGGCCAAGGACGAGCUUAACGAGACAGACGAGAAGCGGGUUUCGGCAGUGAAGGAGCUGCGAGGAAUCAUUAAGGAGAAGGCGGAUGGAGGUGAUGACGUUGCCAAGGGUGUGCAGGAAACAUUUGGGGAGAAACCAGACAGUUUGUUGGUUCGUUUCAUCCGCGCCAGGAAGUAUGAUGUGCCCAGAGCCUUCGAACUCAUGAAGGGCUACGUGCGUUUCAGGAAGGAUUACCCUGAGCUGUUUGAGAAUCUGACCCCGGAGGCCGUACGCAGCACCAUCGAGGCCGGCUACCCCGGCAUCCUUCAGAGCAGAGACAAAUACGGCCGUGUGGUUCUGCUCUUUAACAUCGAGAACUGGGACUACGAGGAGAUCACCUUUGAUGAGAUCCUUCGUGCCUACUGCGUGAUCCUGGAGAAGCUGCUGGAGAACGAGGAGACUCAGAUCAAUGGCUUCUGCAUCAUUGAGAACUUCAAGGGCUUCACCAUGCAGCAAGCGUCAGGAAUCAAACCCACCGAGCUCAAGAAGAUGGUGGACAUGUUGCAGGAUUCAUUCCCCGCCCGUUUCAAAGCUGUGCACUUCAUCCACCAGCCCUGGUACUUCACCACCACCUACAAUGUGGUCAAACCACUCAUGAAGGGCAAACUGCUAGAGAGAGUGUUUGUUCAUGGAGACGAGCUGGAGACCUACUACAAGGAGUUUGACGCCGACAUCCUUCCCGCUGAGUUUGAUGGAAAAGGUUCCAAGUACGACGGCAAGGCCACGGCAGCCAAGCUGUUCGACUAAACAUCCUCCAUCCCUUUGAGAGAGCUAUUAUACUGUAUAUUACAAACCCUGCAGACUGUGGAGACUCAAAGCCCAAUCGAGCUGUGUGGUUGUAAGGAAAAAAAAAAGAGUCAUAAAUGAAAGUCAUGAGUGUGUGAGACGUUCAAAUGGUUUCAUUAUUACAUUACAGUAUUCUGUAUAACUAAUGUUCUUGGCUGACAGUUUAGGGCCUUACAGUCCUCAUUAAUGACCAAAGUAAGAUCUUUACCUGGAGGUGCUGGCAUUUUGUCUAGUUUGAAGCAGUUUUGAUAGAUACUGUAUUGAUACUUCCAUGUUGGAGUGUUCAAAGACAGACUCAGAAUUGAAGAGAUUGCUGGUGUUACGCAAAAAGACUUAAUACACCAUAUUCUUAUGUCUUCUUUAGAUCAUCCAGGAAGUUUUCAAAGCAGUACAUACUAACAACUGCAUCACUGUAACUGGUCAAUAGGCAAUGGUAUCCAAAUAUUCACAGUGGUGGUUUGCUUAUCUUAAGCUUUGCAAGAUGAUUUUUAUAUCAAACUCAGAUGAAUGGAAGCCUUUGGCUGUCCAGGAGGCUGUAUUUAGCCUAAAAUGGCAGCGUUACUGUAAAGUAUACAAAACUUGUAGUUGCAACUGUAUGAUUCACUGAGCAUUGAGAUACACUCAAGGCUUUCAAUGUUGUUUCAUAACUGACAAAAUGAUAAAAUGUCCAUUUAAAACACAUGCUGAGCCAUGUUUAGACAAAUAAGAGUGCUUCCUGCCUCUCACCUCUGUUGAGUUUGGACCAUAGUUCACCCACACAGCUUGUUUUUUAACACUGGCAGGUCCCAGCUUCCUCAGUCUCCACUCUCUGCCCCCCUCCCCCCACCCUCAUGUCUCUCCUUGAAGUACAAGGCUGAUAUUCCAACAAGUGCCUGACUCUUGUGUGUUUUUCAGAUUCUUCUUCAAUAUGAAUAUUAUGAAGUUUUACCCACUGUGCUACCUG